AUGUCGAGACCGUCAUCGUCGAGAGACAGUCUGCAUCUUGAGCCGCCACGGAAAAGUGUCGAACUAGAGGAUCCUGGCGCUCAUGAGCUAUCGUCAGAAGGCGAGGACGACGAACACUUCUCAGACGCCUCAGAAGGCCAGAAGAGACCCUCCCGGCCAGUCACCCCGGCCUCUCCCAUUCCAAAGACACGCAUUGAAAAAGUCGACGAUGAGCCACGAUAUGGCGAGGUCCCCGGCACGCCUGCGUACGAGAAACGGGUACUCGAUGCUGUACCUGAUGAAGUCGAGAUCGUCCGGGAAGGUCGCCUCAGUAAACGCUCUUCUCAGCUGCUUGAACCGCCCACAACCCCUGGAGGUACUCUCAUUCCACGUACUGUGGUUGAGAAGCUUGACCCUGAGUCUCCAAGUUAUGGUGAAAUUCCAAAGACUUCGGCCUACCUUCAGAGGCAGAUGGAUGCCGUUCCUGAUGUCAUUUUGAAGACUCCCGAGCCUGGGAGGAGACAUUUGGACCCAGACGAUGAGGAAGGAGACGGAGGAAGAUCUUCUACAUCGCCCGAUAUUCAAGUGCCAGAAACCAUCGUGACCCGAGUCGAUAGCUUCCCUGCCCAUGGCGAAGUCCCAGGCACAGAAGCCCAUCAGAAGCGAACUCUUGAUGCUGCACCGGAUAUUACCGAGAAGCAGGGCCACGGAGCAGGGUCACCCAUUCUCAACAGAUCUUUGAAUGCCGCAAGACGAAGAUCCACCCUACACAACCACGACGAUGACGAUGAUGGCAACGACCGUAAUGACAACGACUUCGGGGACGAGUUCGAUGAUUUUGAAGAAGGCGCACAAGCUGGGGCUGAUGAUGACUUUGGGGACUUUGACGAUGGCUUUGAAGAACCUGAAAGUGUCGAGUCACUGCCUCCUGUAUCUACUUCUCAAUCAAGUUCUAUACCAGCUGAUGCCUUCCCCUUGAUCGACUCUGAUGCCCUUUCGUCGAUACCAGACUUUCUUACUGCCGCACACAUGCAUCUAGACGCCAUGUUCCCAUCUUCCACACCCGAGUACUCCUCCCGAAUUCCACCACAGCAACCGAUCUCGGAUUCCUCGCCCAUCUUCCCAUCGGACCGCUCACGCUCACUCUGGAAACAACUCAUCACACCACCUCCGUUGCAACCCCCGAAUUGGACGCAAUCACGGAUCCGGCGGUUAUUCCUCGUCAGCCUGGGGGUACCGGUCGACCUGGACGAAAUUCUGCCGCCGAGCAAACAAAAGAAGCUUGUUCUGCCGGACAUCAACCUGGAACCCUCACCACGCAAGUCGGAAGGGGAUCGGGCAAUAGGUUCCCUCGCACGCCUCAGGGCACAGGCCGGUGCAAAUGAUUCAUCCGCCUCGCUCGACAGCACACAGUCGGGUGCCGCCAAGGAUGGCCAAAGAGUGGCCCGGUCAAGGAAACCAAAAGGACCCCCUCCGCCGCCAGAAUUAGACCUCGCAGCUGUCAAACGCCUAUGCGCCACCACCGAAGAAAAGCUGGAAGGCCUGACUGACGGAGAACUGCAGAGCCACGUCGAGGAAUUAAACGAACUGACGGCCAGAACGAGUGAAGUCCUCGAGUACUGGCUGAAACGGAGGGAUGGGUUGGUCAAGGAAAAGGAAGCGUUCGAGGGCGUCAUCGAGAAUCUGGUCAGGCAUGCGAGGAGGGUGAGGAAAUGA